AUGAAAAGUCUGGAAGAUUAUAUCACACAAGAUCUUCUCUCCAGUUUCUGUGAUAAUGAGGAUGCCAUAGAAAAUAUAAGAUUUCGCUUGACUGGAACAGAUGACCAAUUGAAGCAUGCACUUUCGAAUGUAUUCGUUGCUCGAAACUCAGUAGUCAGUUCUGGUCCUUCAGUGAUAUCUACGGAACAUGCAUCCGUGGUCGAUGAAUGCAUACGGUUUUUAGUCACCAAUCGCAGCAACAACGUUUUAGCCUAUGGGUAUAAAGUAGCUAAGAAUGCUGAUGUUCUGAGUACUGUCCACUGUGAAUCGACCAAUUUCAGUGUUGCGCUUCUAAAAUGUGGUAUAUGGAGGACUCUGCACAAAAUUAUAGGAACCCGUCCAUUUGUUGAUCUCAUCGUCAAUUCAGUAAUCUAUGAAUUCAAGGAUGGUCACUUUCGACAAAUUGCAGGGCCCACUCACGAGCACCCUGCAAGAUUCGGGCAAACAUUUCAUUCAACUGUGGGGAGCUCAUCCUAUUUGUACAGAAACAAAGGGCAGCGUAAAGUAGCCGAUAUUCUCCCAACGACCGUUCAUCUUUUUUGGCUUCAGAUUUUUUAUGGCACAGAACACUCAGGGGAAGUAAGAAGACUAUUGGAGCCUCGUUGUCCGUAUCUUCGAAUCAUUCUACAUCAAAUAAUUCGAAAUCACCAAAGGCUGAACUACAGGAUUGUAUUUCGGGCUUUUUGUAGACAUAAAAAUGUGGAAGCGUGUGCUACACACCAAGAGCUUCAAACAAGCGCCAAUACAGUCAUCAGAUUUUUGACAGCCAUACUGGUGAAGUUGUUUCCCUUAGAAUUUUUUGGCUCAAAGCAUAAUAAAUCUGUGGUAAUGUCCAAGGUUUCGGCCCUCGUGAAACUCAACGUGCAUGGGCGCAUCCCGGUUGACUUGCUUGUUGAAGGCAUAAAAAUCAAGGACCUGCGAUGGUUGGGGAAACGGGCAAGGAUCGACAGCACGGAGGCCACCAGGCGCGGAAUUAUACUAAAAGUCGUUUAUGGGUGGUUAUUUGGGGAGUUUCUCCCAUCUCUGAUAACUUCCUUUUUUUAUUGUACUGAGUUGUCGGCCACUCAAGACAUUCUUUUCUUCGAUUUUGACGUUUGGUCCCGGAUGACGCAACCAUUCUUGACGUCGUACCUGGCAAAAUACCUUACGAUUAAUGAACGCUGCUCAAAUCAUAAGAUCAAUGGCGAAUUCACGCAUGGAUUUCUUAGGUUGACCCCUAAGACUAAGAAGGAUGACUUUCGUGUGAUAUUUGUGCCUUUAAAAUUGAAGUCCACAGAUCAGCUCAAAACGCAGCUGGACCAGACACAAAAUACUACUCGACUAAUGGGAAAUGUUCUACAUUACGUCUUGGCCAAAACAGAGUCUCAACACAAGACUACGUUUUCAAACAGGCUUUACUCUCCGUUGAGAGUCCUUCCAGCUAUCGACAAAUUUAAGCGGUAUUUGAUGGCGAAGUAUCAAGAAUUUCCUCCAAUCUAUUUCGUUAAGUUCGAUAUCCGGUCGUGCUAUGACUCAAUUCCGAGAACCAAGGCAGAAAGUAUCAUUAAGACCAUUAUUGACUGCUUUCCAGACUUUUACGUCCGCUUGUAUUCCUUUUUUGAUUCUAAAAGGAAUAUUUUUAAACAACGUUACAGCGUUAACGGUGAGGUAGCCUCAGAGAGCAAAAGUGUUUUUAUCGACAAUGUUCGUACAACCUUCCUGAGCAAGGAUGAUGUUUUAAAUACCCUUCACGACCAGAUGUUUAAUUGCUCCAUUACUUACAAGGGUGUAUGUUAUCUGAGGAAGGCAGGUUUAUUUCAAGGUGCUGGUUUUUCUGCUCAUGUCGUCGAUUUCCUAUACAAUGAUAUGGUCGAUAAGGAAGAGGUUUUCCGUGACAAUAAUGAUGAAAAGCUUUUAUUAAGACUGGCAGAUGAUUUCCUUGCAAUAUCCACAAGUAGGACCUAUAUCGCUAAGCUGGAGAAGCAGGUUCGACAGGGCUUUAGUCGCUAUAACGCAUUCGCAAAUGCAGAUAAGGUUAUUUCAAAUUUGGCGUGCUACACAACGAAAGUACGCUUUUGUGCUAUCGACGUUGAUUUGGGAGUGUCUGAACCUCAAAAUAUGCGUUUUGAUCAAUAA